AUGGGUAGGAGUCUUAGCCCGGUGCUCCGGCAGGAGCUGGCGAACCUCGACAAGGACGCUGACAGCCGCAGAUCCGCCAUGAAAGCUCUGAAAUCUUAUGCCAAGGACUUGGACUCCAAAGCCAUCCCACGCUUCCUCGCCGAGGUGUCCGACACCAACGGGGCUUUCGGUGUGCCCGCGGGCGAGUGCACCAUCUCCCUUUACGAGGUCCUGGCUAGAGUCCACGGCCGCAGCAUCGUGCCGCAGAUCGACAACAUCAUGUCCACCAUCAUGUGCACCUUGUCCUCCAGCGGAGGAUCCUUUCCCCUCCACCAGGCCUGCUCCAAAGUCGUCCCUGCGAUCGCUCGAUACGGGAUCGAUCCGUCGACCCCGGACGAGGAGAAAACGAGGAUAAUUUGCUCCCUCUGUAAGCCUCUUUCCGACGCGCUGAUGGGCUCGCAAGAGGGCGCCGCCUCCGGGGCCGCUUUCUGUCUCAAGGCUCUCGUGGAUUCGGGCAAUUGGAGGUUUGCUUCGGACGAGAUGGUGAACGAGGUGUGCUUGAAGGUCGCAGGGGCCAUGGAAGAGAAGGUGACCCAAACCAACGCUCAUAUGGGCCUGGUCAUGUCGUUGGUGAAGCACAAUGGUGUCAUAGCCGAGGCCUACUCGAGGUCUCUCGUGCGAUCUGGCCUGCAGAUUUUGGCGACCGGUGCCACGGAGAGCAACUCCCAGAAACGCUUCUCGGCCAUUCAGAUGAUUAACUUCCUGAUGAAGUGCGUCGAUCCGAGAAGCAUCUCUUCGGAGGUCUUCAAGAUAGUCGAUGCCAUGGAGAAAUGCCAUGCUGACGACAAGAUGCCAUUCGUAAGGGGCGCAGCGUUCGAGGCGCUGCAGACCGCGAAGCCUCUGGCGGCACAGGAAAGCUCGAGGCACGUACUCGGUGCGAGCCCGGUCGUGAACUCGAGCUUCCGCAGGAGGAACGAGAAGAGUCCUUGGCGAAGCGGCUCCCCCGUCCAGUUCUGCUCGCCGGAGUCGCACACCGUCGACUCGUACAUCAAGAAAGAUGCAUUCGUCGAAUCGCCCUCCUCGGUCUCCCAGCCUUCGUGCGACUUCGAGCGUGGCCGGCGCACCAGCAGGAGACUGUGGAACCAUGACGGCUGCCCGGUGGAUGUAUCCUUGAAGGAUGGCUUGUGUCUGAGAGCUUGCUCUGGCAGCGACGGCAAACACAUCGACUUCAAGCUGAACGAUCCCAACAAAGAGCGGGCAGAAGGCUUCUGUGGGUUCACGCAGGACAGUGAGACCGCCAUGGCAGCAGAUGCCUUAGCAAGCCCUCAGAAAUCCAUGCCGCAGCCGGCGAUCGAUGAUGUCAGAAUACAGACUACUCCGGGAAAGCCGAUUCGAUCCCUUCAGAGUGGAGCUUUUAGCAGCGAAAGCCAAUCUCAGAAAGUGAACUCGGAAAGUGUGGGGACUGCUGGAAAGCUGAACGAUCUCAAGGAUGAUGAGCAAGAAGAGCGAGAUGGCGUGGAAUCAGUUUCAUCUUCUGAUGAUGUCCCUGAAAGCGGCAUUAGCGAGGAGUUGCAUGGAACAACGGAUCACGAAGUCAAGAACGCAGUACCACCGUUAAAGAGCAGGAAGAGGAUCGGGUAUGGCACAGCUGCACUAGGUUUUCUCUGGGCUGCAUCAGCUGUGCUGCUUGCCAUAACCUUUUCAUCGAUGGAGGCUGCUAACGAUGAGCUUGGGCUGGGUCUGGUUCCUACUUGA